AGAUCCUAUGCAGUGCCACUAAACAAAACAUAAAAUGGAUGCAUGUGGAUUCUAGAAACUUCCAAGUACUAACGACCAACAGACAUUUGGUACAAGGUGGAGUGGAGAAUGACAUAGUGACUUACAUCGGCAGAAUAAGGUACCAAGGAGAGACAGUGGUCACUAAAGUUCGUGAACAUGGUAUUGGAAAUGUGAAACUCUAUUAUCCUGCAGGAAAUCAGGAAAAGAGCACCGAUUCCUUCGAAGUUUUAAUAUAUGAUCGCUAGUAAAAUUAAUUGUUAAUAUACAUUGAUUAAUUAGUGUUACGCUACAUACAAUACAAUUUGGGAAUAAUUCUUUUAUUCCCAAAUUGUAUUGACGUCUACUCGUUAAUUUUAUAAAAGUAUUACUCUUAUAUUAGAAAGAUGGAUAUGUUUUUGAAAACAUACUUCACACAGGGCAAAUUUUAGUUGUUAAUAAGGGAUUAAAAUUUUGAUAUUUCA